AUGUCCCAUCCUCUUCCUCCAGGCCUUUCAACAAAUUCCUCGACACACCAAUCUUCUUCAAAUCGACCAUCUCAGCAAAGCUUCAAUGUUAAUUCUGUCAAUAAUUCUCAUGCGACAACACUGCCGCCAAACUUUAAUGGAUUUGCUCCACGAUCUAUUUCCACACCGCAAUCCUCAUACAACCAAGCCUACUCGCAAGCGUCGUACCAGCCGCAACAACAUAACAAUUAUGCCUCUCUUCAACAACAUGAACCGUCAUAUGGAGCAGCUCCCCAGAUUAGAAAUCCUUUUGCACCUCCUAGCGCGUCCUCGGGUGUCUCUCGAGGCUUCGAGGAAGAUCCUGAACUGGCAGCCCAAAUAGCGCAGUGGCAAUCAGCAUACGUUGCGAAGGAAAACUCAUCUACUUCUGGAUAUACUGGUGCAGUUCGCAAGUAUCCAAGUACAGGGGAAGGAUCUUCAGCUGCUACAUCAGCUAAUGCUGCGCCACUCGGCGGAUCAAACAUAAGUUCUGCUGCACUGAACCUAGCUGCACAUAAUGAUACUGGGAUAGCCACUGUUGUGAGCGAUGCUAAAACUAACACGAAGACAGUUGUAAGGUCUGGUGGUGGUACAACUUGGACAGAUUCUUCACUCCUUGAGUGGGAUCCUCUGCACUUCCGUCUAUUCGUAGGUAAUCUUGCGGGUGAAGUUACGGACGAGUCACUGUUCAAGGCGUUUUCGCGGUGGCCCUCAGUUCAAAAAGCGCGGGUCAUACGAGAUAAGCGCACCACAAAAAGUAAAGGAUAUGGAUUCGUUAGCUUCAGCGACGGAGACGAAUUCUUCCAGGCAGCAAGAGACAUGCAAGGAAAAUACAUUGGCAGCCAUCCUGUAUUGUUAAGGAGGAGUACGACCGAGAUUAAGGCAGUAAACCCAAAAGAUCAAAGAAAGAAUAAAGCAAAAAGCAAAGGAAAAGGCAACCAAGAUAAAACCGGCGCUGGUGUUCACAAGCCAGGAUCAAAGGUCAAAGGGGGACUCCGGUUGCUUGGAUAA